AUUAAGGUUACGAUUGCGGCUGAGAUGGUGCUUGCUAAGGAAAACGGGAACAAUUAUUUUCUGUAAAGCCUCAACUGUUCCUGGAGAGCAGUGUACACCAUCGACUGUAAAUGGCAUCCUUACAAUCAAUGAGCCGGCUGGCGCAGCUUGCUCGGCAUGCGCGACGACUUACGGCAGGUGCUGACACAAACUUAGCGCAAGCAGGAUGCUGCCACCAAGCAAUCCUUGCGCCAGUGCGUCACUUCAGCAGCUCAGCACCUGACGCGAGCACUAAUACCGCCAACAGCGGUAGCCCCCGGCAUGACGCGGAGGCCGCUGGAACAGGCACCAUCGGCAACAUGCCUAAAGGGAAUUACGAGUAUGAUGACAGCAACAAUCAGUAUGACAGCGAGUAUGGUGAGGAGCAGGACAGCCAGCACGACCGUGACCGCGCUCUGCGUCGCAUUCUUCGGUCCUCCAACGCGGCUGAGCUUGCUGCCGUACACUUCUUCCGCGGCCUCAGCUGCAACCUGAGCGGCGCUCUGCUGCGGGACAGGUGUGGGCCCCUGGCGGCAGCAGCUGGGGACCCCGGCAGCGGCAGCAAGGCAGGGUGUUGCCCCCCGUUCGGCACCAGCACCUCCACCACCGCCAGCACCAGCAGCAGUGGGUGCGGUACAGCAGGUGCGGCGGCGGGUGCCCCCGGCGGAGGCCGCCCCGACGUGCAGUGGUUUGCGGACCAGGAGCAGCAGGCGGCGGAGGCGGUACGGCAGCUGCUGCCCAGGUACCGCGUGCGGCCCUCGCUGGCUCAGGGCCCGCUGAGCCUGGCCUGCAUGGCCCUGGGAGCCGCCGCCGCCGCCGCGCCCCCCCGGCUGGGUCUGGCGGUGGUGGGGGCGGUGGGGGGCGCGCUGGAGGAGCACUACAACGAGCAGCUGCGGAGGCUGAACGAGGCGGGGGCGGCGGAGCAGGCACCCGACGUACGGCAAACCCUGCGCACCCUCCGCGACACACCCCGCAUCCCCGAGGGCGCCCCGCCCGCCCCCGACCUCAUUUCCGUACUGCAAGAGGGCCUGGCGGCGACGGCAGCGGGCGCACGAGGGGGAGCAGCAGGGGGUGCUGGUCAGGGACCCUCUGUGCUGUCAGGCGUGGCGGGUGCGGUUCGGGAGUGGGGUGUGGAGGGCACGGUGGGGGCGGUGGUGAAGGCGGGCGCGAGGGUGGCGCUAGAGGCAGCGGAGAGGCUGUAGGUGGUGGAAGAAAAGAAGGGAGGCGGACUGGGAAAUGUUGGGAAAGAAUGGGAGAAAGGUUCAGAGAGGAGAGGAGUGAUAAGGAGAGGCGAGGGAUGAAGCCAGUUGGGCGGGUGAAUGGUUAGGCCGAUUGGUACGGCAGUUUGGAUUCGCUACCGGUAGGUGCUCAGAACAGCUGCUGAUGACAAGCUGCAUUGGUCCUUACGACCCAUGGGUCAUCGGCCAACGUUUCAUGCUGUGGAAGGGGUACAUGGAUCCAUGGCAUGCGGCCAUCAACAAAGCGAUACCAAGAUUGGCGACAGUAAAGUGAGAACAUCGGCUGCUCAAUGUCAUGGGCCUUCUGCCGCUGACCCCAUUUACGUUACCC